AUGAGUGAUGAACUUAUUGAAACAUUAGGCUUUAUUUCUAAACAACUUAAUCGAUAUUUAGCAACUAUAAUUUUUCUCUUUGGUGUAAUUGGAAAUAUUCUUAAUUGUCUUGUUUUAUCACAACGUAGACUUCGUUUAAAUCCAUGUGCAACACUUUUUCUUAUCUCAUCUUUUAUUGAUCUUAUUUCAAUUGUUGUUGGUUUAACUACACGUAUAUUAGCUGGUUGGAAUCUUGAUCCUACGACAAGCAUAGGUUGGAUAUGUAAAAUUCGUACAUUUAUUACAUUUAGUACAAGAACAUUGGCUAUAUGGAUUAUUAUGUUAGCAGCAGUUGAUCGAUGGUUAUUAUCAUCAAUGGAUUUUCAUCGUCGACAAUUGAGUUCAUUAAAAAAUAUUAAACUAGGAAUAAUUUUUAGUUUUAUAGUUUCAAUUCUUUCAUAUAUCCAUAUGCUUUAUUGUUAUGAUGCAAAUCGAACUGAUGGACCUUUAAAAUGUUAUGGAAAAAGUGAAGCAUGUCGUUUUUCAACUGAUUUAAUUUAUUCUAUUAUAACAAUAUUAAUUCCAUCGAUUAUAAUGAUUGUAUUUGGUAUAAUGAUCGUUUCCAAUGUGCAUUAUCUUCGUAUUCGUACACAUGCAAUGACAAUUACAUCAAUAAUUCUACCAUUAAAUGCAAGAGUAUAUAAAUUAAAAAAAACUGAUCAUCAAUUACUUCGAAUGCUUUUAGUACAAGCUUUUCUUUUAACUAUAUUUUGUAUUCCACAAGCCAUACAAAAAUUUUAUAUUACUUUUCGACCGUUUAAUACAAUUAGUAAAACUGAAGAUGCGAUUGUUCUUUUUUUAUAUAAUAUUGAAGUACUUCUUGCUUUUAUUGCUAGUGGUAUGCCAUUUUAUCUGUAUACAUUAACUGGUGGAACUGUUUUUCGAAAAGCAUCAAGAGACUUAAUGAGAAAAAUGCAUCGAUCAAUGAAAUGUUCAUCAUAG